GGUAAUGAUGCACCAGACAUAGCUAAUGUAUGCCCUGCCUUCCUUAUCUUUCUAACUCACAUGCUUCUUUUUACGUGACUCUGGCAGCAAACCAUGCCAUAUCGUGGCUUAUUGCAAACAUUAAGAUAUGUAAAAUUUUGAAUGCACAACUAAGAGGGAUUCAAACACCUGUUGAUGUAUUGAGAUGAGAGGAAGCACAAUGUAGCCUAGUUAGAUGUAACUUGACAAAAUCACAUCUUUGGAGGACUGACAGUUUGCAUUAGGACGUUAGUGCUAUUCACCUUACGUGCCAGAAAAACUAGCAUGCAGCAAUCUUGAAAAUGUUGUCUCUGAAACUCCGUUCUAGUGGUUCUAUAUAGAUAUCUAUGAUGUUUAUGUCAAAGUGUAAUUAGCUAGCGAAGUGGAUUUACAGGUUAUAGAGUUGUCAAAAUUUAUCAUGAGUAUUUUAAAGUGUUCAGGGGAUGUCAUAACAACUGGCAGCAGAGUGGGGAGAUUCAUACAUUUAUCCACAAGAUCCUACCUUCAAGCUGUGUAUGAACUGAUGUGCCUCUUUGCUCAUGAAAGAUAAAGUCAUUAAAAAUAUCUCUGUACAACACCUCUAGCUGGUCAUCUUUUCGUGUCAUUCACCCAUCGUGUUAUUGUUAAGAUGUCUCAACUGCAGCACAGGAGGCAGGAGAGAGGGAGGGAGACCGAACAACAGAGAAAACAGUCACCGAACCAGCUUUUGAUUAAAAAGAAGAGUGAACAAAGUGCCGUUGCCAGUCCCUGGGUGAAACAAAAGCUACAGCAGCAUAUUUUGAGUAGGCUGGACCAAGCUGCAACUACUCCUGGCAGUUACCUCAGGAAGCCAAGUCAGGAUCCACACCAUUUCCAGUGUGUAUCCCACUAUUUUGGGGAGGACAAUCCAUUACGAAGAACAGUCUCAGAGCCAAUUCUGAAGGUGCGGCCAAAGAGAAGUGUAUUGGGCAGACAGAACCCACUGCUGCGUAAAACAAGUGCACCCCCUUCUGUCCGAGCAUCUGAUGCUAUGGGUGCCUCUCCCAGCACUGUUUCAGUAUCCAUGGGGAGUUCAACACCAGACAAACUAUUGAAAAUCCUUCUAGAUCAACAGACCUAUGGUGCACCAAUUUCAAAGGAGUUGGUGAGCAACAAUAUAAAACAGGCGGAAUCUCAUCUGCACAUUGGCGCCCAGAACCCCAUCCUUUUGCCUGUCAUGCCACAAGGUUGGGUUGCCUUUCCUCAUUUACAGCCACUUCAUCCCCAUGUUCUUACAGUGCAUCCAUAUGUUCUUACAGUUCCUGAGCCAUGUGCAGUGUUGUCCCAUAGGGUUUUGGCCAAAACCCAGUCAGCACCAUCUUUCAUCCAGCACAACACAAAAAUUCACAGACAGAGUCUUACAUUUACACUCCCCGCAUACCAGCAGUCCAACUCCUGGCCACAGGAGAGAAUCCAGCAACACACUCUUCCAAAAAAGGUGCUUGUUCGCAGAGUGUGUUCCAUGUCUCCUGAAGAGUUGCAUGAAAAGAAGAGCGUUGAGGAAGAGAACGCAAAAGAGGGCGGACACAGUCUGUUUGAAUCACCAUUUCAUAACAAUUGCAGUAAUCCACUGGAAGCACAGAGCCUCGGAGAACGUUACCAUCAGCCAAACAGAAUGUCUCACCGGAACCUUAUGCAUGCUCAUUCCUCUCCAGGCUAUUACACUUAUAACAGAACUCUGCCCUCAUGCUUAACCUCACCUCUGUCCUGCCAGAGUAUCAGGAACAUACCACACCACACCACAGGCUUGGUGUAUGACUCUCAGAUGCUGAAACAUGAGUGUGACUGUGGAGAAAACAGCAAUCACCCUGAGCAUGCUGGCAGAAUUAAGAGUAUCUGGUCAAGAUUGCAGGAGUGUGGACUCAGGAAUCAGUGUGAGAGGGUUAAGGGCAGGUUGGCCAGUUUAAAGGAACUACAGUCCAUCCAUUCUGAGAAACAUGUUAUUCUCUUCACUGAGCUCUCAGAAACAGAUUUGCCCAACCACAUGGAGGUGUUUCAGACACAGCCAUGUGGAGGAAAGGGGAGGGAUCUUGAUAUGGUAUGGAAUGGCACCUCCAGCAUAGCGGCACUUAAGAUGGCAGUUGGUAGUGUGAUUGAACUGGCCCUGCAUGUGGCUAAGGGAGAAUUAAGGAAUGGGUUUGCUGUGGUCAGGCCUCCAGGACAUCAUGCAUCACACUCUCAGACACAUGGCUUCAGUAUCUUUAACUCUGUGGCCAUUGCUGCUAAACAGCUUCAGGACAGAUUGAACGUUAAAAGGAUCCUUAUAGUGGAUUGGGAUGUUCAUCAUGGUAGUGGAACUGAGAAGAUUUUCUACACUGAUCCUAGUGUUCUCUAUAUAUCUCUGCAUCGCUAUGAUAAUGGCUCUUUCUUCCCUGGUACUGGAGGACCUAUCAUGGUAGGAUCUGAUGAAGGUAAAGGCUAUAAUGUAAAUGUGGCCUGGUCAGGAGGGCUGAAUCCUCCAAUGGGAGAUGCAGAAUACCUAGCUGCAUUCAGAACGGUAGUUAUGCCAAUUGCUCAUGAGUUUUCUCCUGACAUGGUCCUGGUUUCAGCUGGUUUUGAUGCUGCUGAGGGUCACCCAGCUGCUCUGGGUGGAUACAAUGUCUCAGCUAAAUGUUUUGGACUCCUGACCCGGAAGUUAAUGGAGUUGGCUGAAGGUCGUGUAGUGCUGGUGUUAGAGGGAGGUUAUGACCUCUCGUCUCUCUGUGAUGCAUCCCAGGCCUGUGUCAAUGCUCUCGUGGGAUAUGAGCCUGAACCUUUAGCUGAAGAAGAAUUACUGAGGAGACCCUGUGAUAACGCAGUUGACUCUUUGGAGACAGUACUGCGUGUACAGAGUCAAUACUGGAGUUCAGUGAGGGCUAUGCUAGACACCGUGUCUCUGCCAUAUGUAAAAGCGGAGAAGAGAUACUCGGUGGGCAGUGAUGCUGCUUCAGCCCUGGAUGGCCUCACUAUGACUGUUUCAAGCAGAAGCCGUUUCCCAAAUGAGCCAAUGGAGCAUGAUGAAGAUGAUUUUAUGUAGGAGCCAGUUACUGUUUCUCCUAAUUUUAUGCUGGAAGAUUUCAUAUUAAUUUCCAAGCAGAGGAUGGACACCCAGUGCCAUAGAGACCUGAAGUUAGUAUGCCUGUGUUGUGUGAAUGCCUUGUUGUGUAAGACAGGAGACAAUCCAUAACAACUGUUGCCAAAUAAGUAGUGAUAAGACCCUCUCUGAGCAACAAGAGAGCUUCAAUGCCGUAUCACAUGUAAUCAAAUCUACCGAGUCAUUAUGUUAGUCAUUUUAGCUCAACGGAGAGUUUUACAUUGUGGUUAAAAUGUUUUAUUGUCAAAUUUUUUUGUUGUUGUUGUUGUUUUUUUAAUCAAAACGUGUUCUGAACCUGCUAUUGUUAAAAUGCUGAUGGCUUUUUCUUGAAUUAAUAUUUAAGGAUGCUAUCCUUCAAUGUAAUUUAUCAGUCAUUUAGUCGCGAAGUACUUUGUGCUCUGCUGUGUCAAUUUGAAAGGCCACGAAAGCCUUGACUUACAGUAUCGGUCAAAAGAUUGUAUAUAUUGUAUAUUGUCAUCUUUUUCUUGAAGACCAUUUGCCCUUUAGUUGUGUCCAUGUACACAUUUCUUUACUUUUUUAAAGUAUUUUUUAAAUGUAUGCAUUCAACAGUUAAAAAGUGGUCACCAUAAAUGGGAACUGUUAUUUAAUAGUUUUGAUAACAGUACUAAUAUUCUAAAAUGUGGAAAAUAGUCAAGAAUAAAGAAUGAGUAGGAGGGUCCAUACUUUUUGGUACCUUAUCUUAUGUCACUCUCAUAAAAAGGGUUCUAAUUUUCUGAUGUUAAUGUUAAUUGUUGUGCUACAAUUACAGUUUAAAGCAUUUUUUUGUGUGAAAUGCAACAGAAGGGAUAUUUCGCCCCCAAAACUGAAAAUUCCCUCAUCAUUUACUCGCCCUCAUGCCAUCCCAGAUGUGUAUGACUUUCUUCUGCAAAACACAAAAUAUUUAAAAAAAAAAGAAUUCUCAGCUCUGUAGGUCCACACAAUGCAAGUGAAUGGUGGCCAGAACUUUGAAGCUCCAAAAAAGUACAUAAAGGCAGCACAAACUUAAUCCAUGAUACGACUCCAAUGGUUAAAUCCAUAUCUUCAGAAAUGAUAUGAUAAGUGUGGGUGAAAAAAAUAUAAAUAUUUAUCAAUCUUUUUUUUUUUACUCCCAAUUUGGAAUGCCCAAUUCCCAGUGCACUAUAAGUCCUCAUGGUGGCUUAGUGACUCACCUCAAUCCGGAUGGCAGAGGACAAAUCUCAGUUGUCUCCGUGUCUGAGACAGUCAAUCCACGCAUCUUAUCAAGUGGUUUGUUGAGCGCGUUACCGCGGAGAGAUAGCACGUGUGGAGGCUUUAUGCUAUUUUCCACGGCAUCCACACACAACACCACGUGCCCCACCGAGAGCAAGAACCACAUUAUAGUGACCACAAGGAGGUUACCCCAUGUGACUCUACCCUCCCUAGCAACCGGGCCAAAUUGGUUGCUUAGGAGACCUGGCUGGAGUCACUCACAACGCCCUGGAUUCGAACUCGCUGAGCUACCCAGGCCCCCCAACUUUCACAUUAUUUUGUUUUUACCAAUUUACAUUCUUCGUGCAUAUCACCACCUACUGGACAGAGAGAAGAAUUUAUAGUAAAAAAGGAUUUAAAUAUUGAUCUUUUUUUUCACCCACACUUACAUCACUUCAGAAGAUAUGGAUUAAACCACUGGAGUUGUAUGGAUUGCUUUUAUGCUGCCUUUAUGUCCUUUUGAAGCUUCAAAGUUCAGCCCACCACUCAACUGCAUUGAAUGGACCAACACAGCUGAAAUAUUCUUCCUAAAUUCUUUGUUAGUGCUCAGCAGAAGAAAGUCACACAUCUGGGAUAGCAUGAGGGUGAGAAAAUAAUGAAGGAAUUUUCAUUUCUGGGUGAACUAACCCUUUAACAUAUAACAAAUUCCUCUGGUUUGUUACAUUCCAAUUUUAGUAAUGUAUAUCAUUCAAACUUUUUACAAUGUUUUACACUGUCAGCUCAUUUUACUGUUCUCAGGAUUAAAAUAAAGCCAUAUUGUUACUUUUUCCAAACGUUA